ACGCCAAAUAAGGAAGAUGCCAUAUGGUUCAGCUUCGCUUGAUAGCAUUCUGCAAGAGAAUGUAUUGCAUGACUGGAUCGUAAAGCUUGAAAAACAAGCAUAUCAAGAAGACGAGGAGGUUUGUAGUGAAAUGGAACAAGGCGAUGCAUAUGAGUAUGGGUUCCUGGAAUAUGAAGAAGGAAAUGGAGAGGGUAGGAAGGGAUCAUUGCAGUUGGUGACACUAACAGACGUAGAGCCAUUAGAUGCUCAUCCGCUUAACAAUGUUGGGGGUGAUGAUGAAGAUGAUGAAGGUGAUGAUGAUGACCUCAAUUUCCUGGGUGAUGGUUUCAGUGAUUCAUAGAUAUCUAUAUAAAAGAGUGUAUAGGAUGAGUAAAUUGCUGCCUUGUUUAUCAGUUGUAAUGCAAAACGCGAUGUAUUAUUGUU